UCCGUGCCAUUUCCAAACAGACGUCCUCGAAGCUGAUGCAGCCGCUCGGACUAUUUUGAUGUGUGUAAAACGCGUCGCGCAUGAACGUGCUGAACACCCGCAUAGUAGCUAUUUCAUUCUAUAGAUGCGGACGUCACCUGCCUCAGUUCCCAUUGUAUAUAUUCCUACCUUCGCCCGGUAUCACUCCUCCAGUACCCUCGCUCGGUAUUACUCCCUCAGUAGAACAAGUCUGUCCAAAGCAUUACAAUGUCUGCCAAGAUCGGAGACGUCGCCGACAAGUCCUUCGACUAUGUCAUUAUCGGUGGUGGUGCCGCCGGCCUUGUCUUAGCUGCUCGUUUAAGCGAGGACCCAUCCAAGACGGUCUGCGUCUUGGAGGCGGGAGACUCGAACAUCAAUGACCCGGCCAUUCUGACGCCCGCCUCAUACGGAUCCCAUUUCGGAAACAAGCAGUAUGAUUGGAAUUCUGCGACGACAAAGCAGAAGUUCUGUUCUGACAGGGUCUUUCCAUUGGCACAUGGGCGCGGCCUCGGCGGCUCGACUAGCAUCAAUUUUAUGGGAUGGACCAAGCCUUCAGCAGACGAGAUCGACGAUUGGGGACGCCUCGGUAACCCAGGUUGGAACUGGAAGAAUUUCCAGAAGUAUGUGCAAAGGGCCGAACGCUUCGUCGAGCCAGCCACCAAGCUCCGCAAGGACGCCAAUAUACCGCUGAACGAAGGAGACCUUGGCACUAAAGGCUCCGUAGCAAUUUCGUUCCCGAGAACAUUUGCUGAUGUCGAUCCCUUCCUUAUGCAGACUACCAAGAACGCCGGUAUCCCGACCGCACCACGCCCAUACGGCGGCAACCCAAACGGAUGUUACUGGAUGAUCAACUCCCUUGAUCAACAAACCUCGACGCGCUCGUACGCCUGCACAGCGUACUACGUACCUAACCGUGACCGUCCGAACUUGACCGUCCUCACUGGUGCAAAUGUGGCGAGGGUCGUCUCAGACAAGGGCACGGACGGAAUCUUGACCGUCACUGGCGUCGAGUUCCUGCAUGGCGAGAAGGGUCAUGUCGUACAUGUGAACAAGGAAGCGCUAGUCUGUGCUGGGGCGCUGAAGUCUCCGCAAAUUCUUGAGCUAUCAGGCAUCGGUAGCAAGUCCGUGCUCGAAAAAGCGGGGGUCGAGGUCAAGAUCGAUCUUCCCAGCGUGGGUGAGAACAUGCAGGAGCACCUGUUCGGCCCGUGUAUGUGGGAGCUCAAGCCCGAGCACAAGUUCCUCAACUACAGCGAGCUCCAGCACUCCGCGGGGCGCGCGAGGCACGAGGCGCUCUACAAGGACCUCGAGGGUGUGUUCACAAUGGGGAUCGUCAACUGCUCAUUUAAUCCGCUCGAGACAAUCGCCGGCACUCCGCGCGCGCAGGAGAUCUAUGAGCGCGCCCGCGCGCAAGUUGACGCACUCGACGCAGCACGUACGCCGGCCGGCCUACGCGAGCAGUAUGCGAUCCAGCUGGAGCGUCUCCGCCCUGGCGUGCUCCCCGCGGGCCUCGGGUGCGAGACCAUCGGCGUGCCGGGCACCAUGGGCGCGCCUGCCACGGAGGGCCGGUCGUACUUUUCGUUGAUGUACAGCAUGACCCAUCCGUUCUCGCGGGGGCACGUCCAUAUUACGUCGAGCGACCCGAUGGUUGAGCCCGAGAUUGACCCGCAAUACUUUGAGUACGGAAGUGACCUCGACGUGAUCGUGGAGAUCGCCAAGUUCGUGCGCAACAUAGUGCAGCAUGCGCCGUUGAAGGACAUGAUCGAGAAGGAGGUCAUGCCGGGGCCGGCUGUACAGGACGGCGAGCAGUUUAAGGGCACGUUCCCGUUCGCUUUCCCUCGCCACAUUGACAUUGACGUAUGGCACACAGAGUUCGUGAAGACGGCUUGCGGCACAACGUGGCACACAUGCGGCACCUGCUCAAUGACGCCGCGUGACAAGAGCGGCGUCGUCGACCACGAGCUCAAAGUAUACGGCACGAACAACCUCAGGGUCGUCGACCUGUCGAUUGUCCCACUGACCGUUGCCUCACACAUGCAGUCUGUUGCGUACGCGAUAGCUGAGCAAGCGGCAGACAUUAUCAAAGGUACGUUCCGGCCUUAG